AUGAGUGUAAAUUUGCACUUUUUACAUUUAGACAAUGGUCGACCAAAUUCACGAUCACAAUUGAAAACAGCAAACAUUCAUUUGUCGUCCGGUGACGAUGAGCAGUAUCACGUUUCACGUAGAGAAAUGAAUCCCGCUGAUUAUGCAUACAGCGAUCCUCUCGGACCAGCAUCACCUCGACCACGAACAGGUCUACGUCGUUCAGAUGUCGAAAAUGUGGAAUCUUUUGAAGAUGAACAAUUCGACGAAUCAUUAUUACCUGAAUAA